GUUUCUAACAAGAAAAGUGUCGAGGAUGACAUUUUCGCCAUGAAGCAGGAGAUCAAGCAAUUGAGGGUUUCGGCUCUUACGAAGGGAAGUUUUGAGGCUGAGCUGGAGGAUCAGCGUACUGAGGUGAGCCGCUUGAAGAUCCAGAGCAUUAAAGACAAGGAGAAAGCGGAGCUUUGGAAAAGGGAAGCACUUCGCCCAGGAAAUAAGCGUGGCAACAUUGUUAUCGGCACGCCGGAGUGUCCUGCCCGGGGCUUACCCCGUCCUCGGUGGACUGGUAACCUUCGUGACUCUGAUAAGUGGAGGCAGGAGUACCUUAAGAUGAAGGAAUUGCAUCGUGCCGCCUGCUUUGAGGCGCAGGUUUUGAAGGAUAAGAGGGUUGUUGCUGAGGGCGAGGUGGUUAAGUUGAAGGAGCAACUGAAUAAGCAGCCUGAUAAUCCUUCACAGAAUCGAGUAACCGAAUGGACGAAUCCGAAGACUCGGAUGGAAGAAGCUGCUACUCGUUCUUCGCGAAAAGGAAAGAAGGUUACUCCUCGCCGUUGUGCGUUGGAUAACGCUGCACCGACCGAUGAUAUUAAUGAAAGAUUCUCGUUUAUUGAAGAGCAAAAGAAAGACUUACUCAACUACAAGAAAUCCGGCUUGGAAGUGAUGUGCAAGGAGGCUGGUUUGAACUUGCGUGCAGUCGAUUUGAUGAUCGCUAACCUGGCGGAAUUCCGGGCUGAUAAGGCAUUCGGCAGACUCGUUGAUAAGGGCAAGACUAAGGAGAAUGAAGCAUCGGUGCAGGAAGUCCCCGAUGACUACUCUUCUCACCAUGGUGUUUCAACGAAUGAGGAGGAUGACUCUGCUGAGCUUUACGGUCGGUACCUGGACACAAUUAUCUUUGGUAUUGGGCUCGCUACUGUAGAAUACGGUGGGAUGGUGUUGGGUUUUCUUCGAGGGAUGGUGUCUGCUUGGAUGCGGAUGGAACUGAGACCGGUGGGGAAUAUGAGAAGGGGAAUCAGUCGUAUCUGGUUGGUAACGAGUUUAACGGUUUCUUCAGAUGGAUUGUGAUUCAGUUGAUUUUGGCGGAUUGCAUUCCAUGGGAUUUCGGCUGCUCAAUGGGGAUUCGGUGUGCAUCGUUGAACAAAAACUACAAACUUAA